CCCGCCCUUCCCUUCCCUGCCUCCGUGCCCAGUGCGCAUGCUUGCGAUUCCCGGGUUCCCUUCACUUGCAACCGUGGCGGACCUGCCUUCGCCUGGUCGGCUAUUCUCCGAGGAGCUCCGUCCUCCCUCGGCGGUCCGGCGGUCCUCGGCGAUCCGCCGCCAACGCCGUGCUCCCGGACGACGCGUCUGGCGGGCACACCCUCGCCGCGAAGCCGCGCAGGGCAAGAGGAGGAUGGCCACCUCUGGCGUGGAGAAGAGCAAGAAGAAGACCGAGAAGAAGCUUGCAGCUCGGGAAGAAGCCAAGCUGCUCGCGGGUUUCAUGGGCGUCAUGAACAACAUGAGAAAGCAGAGAACAUUGUGCGAUGUGAUCCUCAUGGUCCAGGAGAGGAAGAUACCUGCGCACCGUGUGGUCCUCGCUGCAGCAAGUCACUUCUUUAACCUGAUGUUCACAACUAACAUGCUUGAAUCCAAGUCCUUUGAAGUAGAACUCAAAGACGCUGAACCUGAUAUUAUUGAACAGCUGGUGGAAUUUGCUUACACGGCCAGAAUUUCUGUGAAUAGCAACAAUGUCCAGUCUCUGUUAGAUGCAGCAAAUCAGUACCAGAUUGAACCAGUGAAGAAAAUGUGUGUUGAUUUUUUGAAGGAACAAGUUGAUGCUUCAAAUUGUCUUGGUAUAAGUGUGCUUGCCGAGUGUCUGGACUGUCCUGAACUGAAAGCAACAGCAGAUGACUUUAUUCAUCAGCAUUUUACUGAAGUUUACAAAACUGAUGAAUUUCUACAACUUGAUGUCAAGCGAGUAACUCAGCUUCUCAGCCAGGACACUCUGACUGUGAGAGCAGAGGAUCAGGUUUAUGAUGCUGCAGUGAGGUGGCUGAAAUAUGAUGAGCCUAAUCGCCAGCCAUUUAUGGUUGAUAUCCUGGCUAAAGUCAGAUUUCCUCUUAUAUCGAAGAAUUUCCUAAGUAAAACAGUACAAGCUGAACCACUUAUUCAAGACAAUCCGGAAUGCCUUAAAAUGGUGAUAAGUGGAAUGAGGUACCAUCUGCUGUCUCCUGAGGAUCGAGAAGAACUCGCAGGCGGCACACGGCCUAGAAGAAAGAAGCAUGAUUACCGCAUAGCUCUGUUUGGAGGCUCCCAACCACAGUCUUGUAGAUAUUUUAACCCAAAGGAUUACAGCUGGACAGACAUUCGCUGCCCCUUUGAAAAACGAAGAGAUGCAGCAUGUGUGUUUUGGGACAAUGUUGUAUACAUUUUGGGUGGUUCUCAGCUUUUCCCCAUAAAGCGAAUGGAUUGCUACAAUGUCGUGAAGGAUAGCUGGUAUUCCAAACUUGGCCCUCCAACACCUCGAGACAGCCUUGCUGCCUGUGCUGCAGAAGGCAAAAUUUAUACAUCUGGAGGUUCAGAAGUAGGGAACUCGGCUCUCUAUCUAUUCGAGUGCUAUGACACAAGAACUGAAAGCUGGCACACGAAGCCCAGCAUGCUGACUCAGCGCUGCAGCCACGGGAUGGUGGAGGCCAAUGGCCUCAUCUACGUCUGUGGUGGAAGCUUGGGAAACAAUGUUUCUGGGAGAGUGCUUAGUUCCUGUGAAGUAUAUGAUCCUGCUACAGAAACAUGGACUGAGCUGUGUUCAAUGAUUGAGCCCAGGAAGAAUCAUGGACUGGUGUUUGUAAAGGACAAGAUAUUUGCUGUCGGUGGCCAGAAUGGUUUAGGUGGUCUGGACAAUGUGGAAUAUUAUGAUAUUAAAUCAAAUGAAUGGAAGAUGGUGUCGCCCAUGCCAUGGAGGGGUGUAACAGUGAAAUGUGCAGCAGUUGGCUCUAUCAUCUAUGUGCUGGCAGGUUUUCAAGGUGUAGGUAGAUUAGGACACAUCCUGGAGUAUAAUACUGAGACAGACAAAUGGAUUGCCAAUUCCAAAGUCCGUGCUUUCCCGGUCACAAGUUGUCUAAUUUGUGUUGUUGAUACUUGUGGAGCAAAUGAGGAGACCCUUGAAACAUGAAUGAUGAGUAGACUCCCCACUCAUCUGAGACAGAAAUUUGGCCACCCAUGGUUUGUUCCAGUAGUUUGGUUAUGAAGUUCUGGUCUGAUAUUUUGAUAAGUAAGAUUCCAAUAAAAUAAGUUUAUUUUAUCUGGAUUUCCUUACUUAAUUCACAGACCAUAUUUUAGCUGGCCAUAUAACCAAGAACCUAUCAGCCAGAAAACUUGAAAAGUUAUAAGCAUUCUUGAAAAUAUGAAUUUCAAAUAUAUAACUGAUUCUGGCAGAGUGGGGCAUGCUCAUCAGAGAAGUAGCCCAAGCUUAGCUUUAGACUCUAUUUUCAUAUUGUGUAAGUGCUGUGUAGUUAGGUCGUUUGUUUGUUUGGUCAAGAACUAAGUGGUAGUAUGGAUUAUAAUUACCGAGAAGGUAACUGUAUCUAGUAUUAUGUAUUUUGCUUGUCUUCAUUUAUCUCAUUUAGUGCCAAACUAUUCCAUUUUAAAGUAAGCAAAAGCAGCUCAAGGCAUACAUAUUUUCUCACAAAAUUUCACAGAUUUGGAGAUUGAACACCAUACCCAAUUAUUCAUGAAAUAUAUUCAGUGGAAUAAAUGAAAUAUUUCAUAUUUUCAUGUAAAAUAUUAAGCUUAGCAAGCAUCAUUAAUUUAUAUGGUUUUACUCAGCAAUGUAAAAAGUGCUCUGUACCCUCAGUCCUUACUGUGAGAGCCAAUCAGAAUAAGAGUGGUUAACCUGCAACAGAAGAAAAGCUGUUUAAAAAAUUCUAGAUCACUAGAAAAGUAUUGAAAACUGUAGCCCAGUAUUGUGUGGAUUUUAAAAGAUACUGUUUUUUCUUUCUCCUAGCAAAACAUGUCAGAGAUAACUGAGUUUUCUCUAAAAGUUUUAUAAUAAUUGGCAUUAAAUAUGUCACUGUUUAUUUCUUUUAUGUGGACAACAAAUUACCAAACCACUUAUUAAUUUUUUCCCAGUGUUUUUCCCUUUGACUGUGUAUGAAAUGUGCCAUGUAAAACUGUCAAUCAUCAAUGUUUUUAUCUGAUAUUAAAUAUUUUUAACUUAAAAUAGAUUUGCUCUGUUUAUUCAUUCUAAGUGUGUUCAUUAAUGUUUUUAAAAUUUGUGAAAGUGUUUCUAUUUUUAAUUUUUCUCUAUAUGGAGAUUAUAAUAGACUAAAAUGUUUAAAUUAAAAAUGAACUUGAAAAAAUAA